AUGACUGGUGACGUGAAGCACUGGGAAUCAGAGGCCCUAUCUCUGAGGAGAAUCGCCUUCUUCGGUGUGGCCCUCUCUACCAUGGCCACACUCGUCUGUGUGCUGUCGGUGCCAAUGCUCUAUAACUAUAUGCAACAGAUGCAGUCGGUUAUGCAGAACGAGGUCGAUUUUUGCAAAUCCCGUUCUGGAAAUAUCUGGAGAGAAGUCACCCGCACUCAGGCUCUGGCCGCGCCAGCCAGAAAAGCACGUCAGGCCGGAGGAGGAUGCUGUGGAUGCGGUGUAUCUCCAGCUGGACCUCCAGGGCCUCCUGGACCGGAUGGAGAGCCAGGAGCAGAUGGUCAGCCUGGACAACCUGGCAGGGAUGGACCUGACGCACCACCAGCAACUCCAGCUCCAGAUGUCGCACCGUGCUUCAACUGCCCUGCAGGUCCUCCUGGCCCGCCCGGAAACCCAGGAAGCAAAGGAGCACCAGGAAACCCUGGCUCAGAUGGACAGCCCGGAAAUCCUGGAAAUCCAGGAGGAGCAGGUCCCGUUGGACCACCAGGACCACCUGGAAACGAUGGUCAGCCUGGAAAUCCUGGAGCCCCAGGAGCUCCAGGAACUCUUACUACAGUUCCAGGCACCCAAGGACCACCGGGACCACCUGGACCUCCGGGACCUCCUGGUCCUGAUGGCCAACCAGGAAGCGCUGGAAACCCAGGUCAAGAUGGUGGUCCAGGAGAACCUGGAGACAAUGGACAGCCUGGUGCUCCAGGACAACCAGGAAGUGACGGCACUGACGGCGAUGACGGAGAAGCUGGAGCUCCAGGUGGCUGUGACCAUUGCCCGCCUCCACGUACUGCCCCAGGAUAUUAA